AUGAAAGCUCACAUCUCCUUCCUGCUUGCCAUGGUUGCUUCCGUCAGCGUCGUCAAAGCUGGUUGGGAUACGCCUUCCCCUCGUUUCAGCUGGAAUGCACUGUGUGGAUCACACGCCCAUUCGAGCAUCAAACACAUCUGCUUUGACUCUCUCUUUGAUGUCAGAGGCAUCACCAUUAAUACUGACUUCCACGGCUCCUACUCAAGUGACAACAAAAAAUUUGUCAUGUACCGAGCCGCAAAAGAGAGCUCCGCUUUCUACUCGACCACGAAUUUUAUCAUCAACAUUGGGUGGGACGUUACCGGAACAGGCCAGGACCAAUGCAUCGCUUAUGAUGUUCAGGAUGUUUCGGGUAAUGACCUCAAGAACGGCUUGUACUGCCCCGGUCAGGCAGCUAUCUCCCUUCCCUGA